UGCACCCACAACUGCAAUACCUACGACUGCUGCACCCACAACUGCAGCACCCACAACUGCAGCACCCACAACUGCUUCAUCUACAACUGCAGCUCCUACGACUGCUGCUGCUCCAACGUACGUCAUCACAGCAGCCAUGGAGGGAGAACCAUUUAUUGAUGCUUAUAAUGACAACACAAGCCCGGAAUACAAAGAAUUAGAAACACGACUUCUAUCAACGUGUUCUAAGAUAUACAAAGCCAAAUUUGGAAACAAAUUUUCCCACUGCAAGGUGAAAAAGCUCAGCGCUUUAUCAGUAAUAAGGGCGCCCGGAACGGAAGCAGAAAUGGGAGUUGUGUUCAACAGCACUACUCCUCUUGCAGAUCUCCCACAGAAUAAUGAAGUGGUUCAAACCUUAGUAGAAGCUGUGAAUAAUACCAACAGUACCUUCGACGUGAGCAUAAGUCCUGAUUCAGUCAAAGUUGAAUCAGGUCCAGUCUCAGCUAUAACUACAGCACCGACAACUGCUAAACCUAAAACGGCAGCACCUACAACUGCUAAACCUAAAACUGCAGCACCUACAACUGCUAAACCUAAAACUGCAGCACCUACAACUGCUAAACCUAAAACUGCUGCACCUACAACGGCUCGACCUGCGACUACAGCACCUACUACUAUAGCCCUUAUAACAAAAAGGGUGACUUUCAGAUCUGUUCAAGACACAUUUACCAAUGACUUGCUGAAUCCAUCUUCUGCUGCUUAUAAAGGUCGAGCUACAAUGAUAAAUACUCAGCUUACACCUGUUUUCCAAAAGGUAUUCCCUUCGUCCUUCAAAUCACUAGAUGUUGUUUCAUUCAGUAACGGAUCAAUCAUCAACGUCAUUGAUGUUUCAUUUGGAAGCACAUCUGCUCCUAAUAGCACUCAGAUUGCGAACGCUUUGAUCAACGCAGCUUCAACAGUCGUUGGAUUCGACAUUGAAGGCAGCUCCAUUAGCGUAAAUGGCAUAUCUUCCAGUGGAGUAAGACACAAGAUCAGUCUUGUCACCGCAUCCUGCCUCUGUCUGUUGUCAUGGAUACUAUCAAACCAGCAAUAGCUAAGGGCUGUUUUUAAAAUUUGAAUUGUAAUCACUAAAUGACUUCCAUCACUGGAAUGAAAAAUGAUUUAUUUAUGGUGAAAUACUCUGUUGGUUCAAAAGGAUUCAUGAUGUCUUCAGUCUUGUUCAGCUUCAGAUGAACUUGAAAUGAAAUUUUACUUUGAGUAACGCGUCCAUUCAAUCAUCAUUAGACCAAUAAGCCAGACAUGUAACAUUACCCCAGGAAUGUAAAAAAGAAUUGUCCUAAUAAUGUACAAAUGAAUCUUGCUUCAAUGAUCAAUUUGCUAUAAGAAUAUUGAAUUUUGUGACAGUAACUAAUGCUAUCUUGUUUAAGUUUAGAAAAAAUGUCAUAGAUUAAAAUGAAGAAACACAUCACUCAAUCGUCUAAUCCAUUUAAAUGUAUAAAUGAUGUAUAAUAAUGUAUAAAUACAGCCUAAUAUCACAAAUCAGCUUCAGGGGGCUUUACAAUCUGUACAGCCUAUAUGAAACCUUCUGUUCGUAGAACCCUACAGAAAAGAAAAAAAAACAAACUCAACAAAUAAACGAAGGACAAAUAGAAGAAACCUCAGGAAAAGGCUAUGGAGGGAUCCCUCUCCAAGAACAGAAAAAAACAACCCUAAACCAAUGCAGAGCUUUAUAAUCAUUGUACACAAAUACAUGUCUAAACAAUUCAAUGUCAAUCUUUUUAUUUAUGAAAUGUAUUUUUGUAAAAUGUCUUGUUUGUAUAUAUUCUGUCCGAAGAUUUACAGAAUACAAAAUCUCUAAAAGAAG